UGCUUUUGUUUUUUAUUAUUACUUUCCCGUGUAUUUUUAACAUUUUUAUCUGUCGCUCAAUUGCUAUUUUUGUCUGUUUAUUGCUGCUCAAGCAAGCACAAUUCAACAGACCUCUUCUUUUUUCCUUCUAUUUUUGUAAUUCCAGGGAAACUCGCCCUUACUGGCCACUCGUCCAGCCUUGACAUUGCAUUCAGAGCGAGAAAAAAAACGCAGAAAUGGGGCUGUCCAAAGCGCUUUACCGGCGCCGAGUCCUAGUUAUACUUGUGCUAGCACUCUUUGCACUGUUCCUGCUAUUCAGGCGCAGCGAGCCGGCCACCGCCGCUGACAACCAGCCGGUACAUAUGGAAGCAGCCAAGAAAAUGCAAGUGGCAAACCUAAAUGAGGUGCCCCUCAGGGACGGGUUCAUCAAGGACCCGACAGAGUACUUUGUGCAGUCGACGCUGCGGGACAACCAUGUGGUGAUUUUCAGCAAGCCCGAGUGCCCACACUGCCGGGCGGCAAAGGCGCUCUUGCAGUGGUAUCGCGACCAGCGGGGGCUCCGGUAUAUUGUCAUUGAGAUGAGUAGUGAGAAGGAUCUCCAAGGCAUUCGGCAGGCGCUGAAGAGCCUGUACCAGCGCACGACGUUCCCCAGUAUUUUUAUUGAUGUGCAAUGUGUUGGCGGGAACGAGGAGCUGCAGCAGCUUGAGGGUAGUGGCCAACUGGCACAGAUGCUGACAGAUAAGGGGUUGCUCACGGCACUGCUUGCCGACCGUCCUGCCAACGCUGCUGCUGCGCCUGAAGCUGCAGCAAAGGAUAAGGUAAAGGUGGUUGAGCCUGUGAAUGAGCCUGUGAAGACGCCAGCCAACGAGCCAGCGAACCAAGCCAUGCAACAGGAGGAACAGGCGCAGAAGCCAGCGCCCUCGGCGGCAGAACGCAAGGUGCGCACGCUGAUCAAGAAGCACCGCGUGAUGGUGUUUUCCAAGACGUACUGCCCGUACUCACGGCGCGCCAAGCAGCUGCUGUCGCAGUACCACGACGGGCGCGGGCUGGAGUUCACCGUGCUGGAGGCUGACUUGGAGGCGGAUCCAAUGGAGAUUAAGGCCGCGCUGGGCGCAGUCUCCGGCCACUUUACGUUCCCGAACGUUUUUGUUGAUGGAAAGAGCAUUGGCGGCAGCGAUGAUCUUGCGGCGAUCCACGCCAACGGCGAGCUGGCCCUGCUGCUGAAGGAAAAGAGUCUGAUCGUGUAGAUUAAAACUCGCUGAUCAGAUCGGCUCUACUAGAGCUUUUUCCCCUGAAAAAAAGGCGGCUCACGCAAAGUUUUUUUUUUCCAUUUUUCCUCUCCGCCCUGCAAUCUCGUCAAAAUGAAAAUCAAGAGUUUGUUUGCCAAGCUUCUUCUCUCUUCUUGCUA